AUAUUUACUGAUGUGUUCCGAUGUGUGUCUGAUGUGGAGCACACAUUUCGGUAAAAACUAUCAAUGUCACAGUUAAUAGUUGACAGUAGUAAUAUUAAAUCCAAUAAAUAAUAAUUGGUUAAGAAUAAAUGUCCGGUUGAUAAUCCAAAUGUGAAAUAAAAGUACCAAGGAUAGUGAAGUUUUAUAAAAAAAAAAAUAAUUUAAAUAAUUGUUAUGUCUAGCUGGACUUGUGAGUUUGAAUUGCUGUUAAAAACGGUUGAAUAAAUACUAAAAAAUUAUUAUUUGAUAUUUAAACCAUAAAGAUACUCUAGUAAUUAUAAAAAAAAAUCUAAGAUGAUGAUGCAGUUUUACAAGGAAAAAAUACUGUCACCUGGACAACUGAAGCGCUUGUCAGAGCAUAAAUACAGCUGCUCGAGUGCUAGCUUGUUGGACAGUUAUCUCCAACCCUGGUGGGACUGGUUGGUUAGCAAAGUGCCCCUUUGGCUGGCUCCCAAUCUUAUAACAAUUGUAGGACUUGUUAUUAAUAUUGCUACGACGUUGAUACUUGUUUAUUAUAGUCCUGACGCCAAGGCUGAGCCACCAAGAUGGGCUUGCUUCUUGUGCGCUCUAGGUUUAUUUAUUUACCAAAGCUUGGAUUCUAUAGACGGAAAACAGGCCAGAAGAACUGGAUCUUCUUCGCCGCUUGGAGAAUUGUUUGAUCAUGGAUGUGAUUCUGUAUCUACUGUUUUUGUUGCGCUAUCGGCAUGCAUAGCAGUGCAAUUAGGACAUUAUCCUAAUUGGAUGUUUUUCCAGUGCUUUUGUGCGAUGACACUUUUUUACUGCGCGCACUGGCAGAGUUAUGUUUCAGGUUCACUGAAGUUUGGAAAAAUAGAUGUUACAGAAGCUCAGUUUACCAUAAUCUCAAUUCACCUGACGUCUGCGAUAUUUGGCCCAGAAAUUUGGAUGACUGAGAUUCCCUACUUAAAUGGCUUGCAAUUAAAGUAUUUAAUCGGUGGUGUAACAACCAUCUGUGCGUUAUCGAGUUUUAAUUCGAUGUUUACCGUUAUUUUUACUGGUGGAGUUGGAAAAAACGGGUCGACUGUUGCUAUCCUUGGAAUGACUACAAUGUCUCAAUUGAUAUCCGGAAUUUUUUAUUGCGGAUUUUUUUUAGUCUUCAUAGACUUUGUAAAAUCAUUUUCGUCCGGUGGGAUCGGCAAAAAUGGUUCGACAAUAGCAUUGCCACUCAUUGGCACAGAGCUCAAGGUAGUUUCGUUAUGGUGCACUGUGGGAAUAGCUAUUUUACUUGCACAAAGCAGUUUAUCUGUUAUUCUGGGUGGUGGUGUUGGAAAAAAUGGUUCAACCGUCGCCGGAACAUCGGUCCUGUCGCCGAUCAUACCCUUCAGCCUCGUCGUCGUGCCGGCGUAUAUUAUUUACCGGAAAAGUGCGGAUCAAGUCUAUCAAAAUCAUCCAGCGCUCUAUAUUUUAUCCUUUGGUAUGGUAGCUGCUAAAGUUACUAAUCGAUUGGUCGUAGCGCAUAUGACGAAAAAUGAAAUGGAAUAUCUUGAUACUGCGUUGAUUGGACCGUGUAUGCUGUUCCUUAAUCAAUAUUUCAAUUUCUACUUUGAUGAGUACUAUGUUCUUUGGUUGUGCUUUAUCUGGGUUGCAUUUGAUUUUUUGAAGUACAGCUCUCAAGUUUGUUUAGAAAUCUGUAAUCACCUGAAAAUUAUGCUAUUCAGAAUUCCAUACACGAAUGACUCAGAUAAAAAUGGUUCUAAUAGGUUGCAACGGACGAAAUCAACGAAAAAACAUCACUGAUAAUUAAGAAAUUAAUUAAA